AGCGUGGUGGCCCAGAUCACGACAACGCAGAUUCCCUCCGACCCGAACGGCAAUCACGACUCGGGCUACGCGGCUUCCGGCAUCGGGGACGUGCUGGCAGCGAAUGCAACGCCACCCGGGAGUCCAAAUGUGGCCGCAACGGUCAUUGUAAAUAAAAACGCUACGCUUAGGAGUAGGAACGGUUCGCCCAGGAAGGAAGCGAGUGUGACGCUCAAACCUCUGUCAUUAGUGCGGUGCGGGGUGCAGCAGGCCUUGACGCUGAACCGAAACGACUCGACGCUAUCAACGAAUUCCAAUACGAGGGACAGUACGCUGAAGGAUAAGAAAAACACACAGCAGGCUACGAGCAGAUUCACGAUCUACAAGGUGAACAAGGCAUCCAAGAAGAAACGGGAAAAGUCCUCGGCGAAAAAGGAACGCAAGGCAACCAAAACGUUAGCGAUAGUGUUAGGCGUAUUUUUAAUCUGCUGGGUGCCGUUCUUCACGUGCAACAUCAUGGACGCGAUGUGCACCAAGCUGGACAUGACCUGCCAACCGGGCGUGACGGCCUUCAUCCUGACCACCUGGCUCGGCUACAUGAACAGCUUCGUCAAUCCGGUCAUCUACACCAUCUUCAAUCCGGAGUUCCGAAAGGCGUUCAAAAAAAUCAUGAACAUCGAGUGAGUGCGGCGUAUCGUGCCGGGCGGCGGCAGUGGAGGUAAGACGACACCCGCAGGUGGUGCCGCCCGUCGAGCCAUAGCGAUACCGGCGGCGGCGGAAGUGGAAUGUGCCUCACGAGAAUUGUCGUCCUCCGGUGGGAUGGAAACGGUGGGCGGUACCAGUGACGGUGGUACCGGGGUUGGAACUGUCACGGUCGCGUGGCAUCAGAGCGAAAUUCAAUGACCGAUAGUGAAUGCAGCCUGUUGGCUGGGAGUGGGUGAUAGCUAGAUAUUUUUUUUCUGCUUUGCAUUCGUUCAGUUCCUAUCCGUUGAUGCGACGGGAUCACACAGGUAUUUAGGGGAUUUGGGAAACUGUCGGAAAUGAACUAGAAUGGGUUGCAAGAUGGAACGCUAGCCUUUGAUCUUUAGUUUGCCGCUCUGUGCAAAAAGGAUUUUACGGUGAGGAUAAAAAGCGCUAAUACAUUGCUCUGAUUGCUCGGAUAAGUUGAGUUUUCGUUUUAAUGAAUUUUCAUAAUAGGGGUAAACUGUACCAUUGAAAUAGUUAGUUUGGAAAGUGACUGCUCCCAUAAUUUACAACGAUUGAAAAUAAUGAAAAUACCACAAUUUCGUAUGUGUCGUCCAGACAUUCAGAUUAAUUAAUGUCCAGAUUCCAAAGAUUUAAAAGCAGCAAAAUAAGUCAUAGUUAGCCGUUUUGACUUCGUUUUAUCAAUAUCUGGGACCCGACUUGGUCACUCUAGCCAAUAUUCGUCGCGGUAUUUGUAAUUACCGCAACCGCGCAGGAAUUGUGCUUUGUGGUAAGAUGAUUUUCACCGCGGGAAAUAAGAGUUUACCACGCGGUAUUACCACCGGAACCGCGCUUUUCAAUUUUUGUGUAAUUUAAAUGCAAAGAGUUUUUAUUGAUUGACAUAGAACACACAAAAAAAAUCGAUGGCAGCAAUUGACAAAUAUUAGUAUCGCGAAUGUCUACCCAUAGUUAUUCGAGAUGGGUUCUAUUAGUUUUAUGUUUGGACGACAGCCGGUUGGCCACUCCGAUAAGCACACCGCCACCGGGUUUUUUCCCUGUACUGUCUGGAUCGCGAUCGUUACGGUAAGCCUUGUACUUUGAGCCGAAUAACUGAAGUAAAUUGAUCAUUCAGCCACGUUUCGGUUAGAACAAUAACAUCAUAUUCGGCGUCUGAAACAGCGAUGAACAACCCGUCAAUUUUGGUGCAUAGUCCUCUCACGUUCUGGUAGUAGACACUAAGAUGUUCCAGCAAGUAAUAUCCUGAUGGUUGAGCGGUAGAAAGAUGAGCGGCGAUGGUGGUGGCGUCCGCUUGUAAUCGGGAGGACAUAUACCCUCCUUGGCUUUACCUGACCGGGAGAGGUCGCUGCUUUAACAUGCAAGUUCGGUAGAAAACAGCUUGACGUCGUUGAUGGAAUUGGGCUGAUUGCACCUGUCGGCAUUCUGCAAUUGACACUCAGCUCAAAUGUUUACGGUUUAUCGGUGAGAACGGGAAACAUGAUGUAGCCAAAUCAAAUCUCAACAAUGCAGCGGCUAAUCGACAUUACCAUCUUUCCAUAUGAUUCGUUCAUUGCGGGGACGGUAGGCUUCAACUUCGGUACCCAAACUCUCGAUCACCUUGGUGUCAAGAGACAGCAAGACGCAACGUCUGGUUCUGCGAUUGAUCGCUAUUGUGAUUCCUCCGCCGAAUCGAUCAAUGCGAUCAAAUCGAUGAAUAACAAACUUAGAGUUACUCUUAAAUCUAAUGCUUGAUUUUAACAAAGUUUCGGUCACAAAUUUUUGUUUCCCUUCAAAAAACUUAAAUAGUUUGUUUUUAUGAUGAGUGUGUCCACAAAAAACGCAGAUGACUACAAAUGUAAGCGCAUUGUUCAUUCAUCGUCGCGUUGGUUUAAUGUCAGGUAGCACAUGACAGUAUUAUUUACACAAACAGGUGGUCUGAAACAUCCGAUCCCGCAAUUCCUGGGCCCGGGUGAAAAGUUUCCGCAAAUGUUCGGAUAAUUUCAAAUGCUCAUCAUCGAGUUGGAGUAAAUUGACAUGACAUUACUGUAAUAUUUAGGUGCAAAUCUUUGAUAUGGGUUGCGCUUUUCGAAUAUAUUUCUUCACAAUAUUCUAUGGAGUCGGUCUCACGAAGUCCCAUAAUAUCUAGAGAAUACUACAGUACUCUCAUGCAUUCCAUACGAAUAACUGUGAAGUUUGAUAUGGCGCUCGGGGUUGUGUCCUUUACAAUACCUCCUGGAACCAUAUCUAAAAGCAAAACAAAGCUUUGAUACUAUCAUUCCGUUUUGGAACUUGACCUUCUUUUUCGACAGGCUUUGCAGCCGAUUCUUAGUGUACAAGACACGGGGCUAGUGCGAAGAUGCAACUGAUCACUACAAAUCUGUCCUGGAUGAGUCCCUCAAAUACGACGAAUAAUUUACCCUUUAAACCGCCAAAGCAGGAAUCAUUUCUCUAGUUUUCCCAAAACUAGUUAGUAUAUCUCCAAAUUCAUUUAGGAGGUUGACAUUUAUAGCUUUUAUUUAUACUCAGGUUAUGCUAAGACACACUUCGAGCUAGAAGUUGUAUAACUAUUGAAUAUGGCUGACAUGGUCCUCUGACAGACCACACGGCAUUUUUUGGAAAGCCAGAACCAGUUAUCUGACCUGACCAACAAGUAUAAUUGAAGAAUCUUGAAUAAUUUCCCGAUCAUUUGCAAGUAGUUUACUUGAAAUCGGUGGAAAAUUGAGAGAACUAGGCCCAAAUAAACGCAUAAACUUGAAAGUACUUCGAAGACGACAUUUUUUCCCAGCAGCUGCCCAACACCGCCUUUUGGCGGAAUAAGUUUUUUAGUUCAUAAGUUUAGUUUCAAGUUAAUACAGUACCAAAUUUCAAUUCCACGGCAAAGUACUACUGUAAAGUAACUUACUAAUAAUUUUUAUUUUUUUGAAAACUCCAAAAUGUGAGAUAAUUUUUUAAUUGAAUUAUACCACUACAUGCAAAAUAGUUUUUUCUCAUUUCCCUCAAAUUUCCAACUUUCAACUAAAAUAUCAUGUUAUAUCAUGAUUUCAGCCAGCAGGUAACAUAUUUGUGUGAAAGGUGGGAAUGUAUUGAACAGGUUUUAGUGGGGUUAACAACACAAAAUUUUAUAUUGUAGAUUUCACAGCGAUUCGGCUGAACUCCACCAAAAUACGGAUCCAAUGUAAUACAUUUAAAUGAUUAUUUAAAGAUAUUAUUAAACUUAAAAUUUAUUAUAAUUUUGUUGGCACAUCCCACCCAGUUUGGAAAGCUUCAAACAUGGAGGUAGAAUUUAGCAUUUCAGUCAUCAAUUGAAGCGUUGAUUGUUGCAAGAAAUUCAUUUUUUCUUCCGUAAAUGCCAGCUAGCCAGCGGUUGUAGCAAAAAAGCGUUGUGUGGGAACGAAAUUGGCAGCGUCGUAGUAAUCGUUCUUUUAGUCUUGUUACCUGUCACUAGAGCACAAGACGACGCACCAUUGUAGGAUGCUGUGACGGAGAUAGAAGAUGCUUGUAUAGGCAGAGAAGUUGUAAUUCUAUUGAGAGGCGUGCUAAUUUACGUUUAGACUGGUUUUCUUGAAGUGAGCCUGAAUUUUUCGUUAGUUGUUCUUGUUUUCUUUGAACGAGAGCUUAUAUUUGUUUUCUCGAAUCGGACAUACCCAGAAAUUCGGUUUUUAGUUUUCGCUACAAUUGGAACAUUCGAAACCUUUUGUGGUGUCUUUCACCGGACAAGUGUCCUUUGUGUGCAAAUUAUCACUAUAGAUCGUACAUUUGAAAUUCAAAUGUCAUUUUUUGUGCCGUGCUCAAAGCCCUGGCAUCUGCGAUACGGUCAAAUUUUGAAUUCUGCUCCCAUGUCGCAAAUUUUUUAUGCUAAAUGGCUUAGGAUGUAAUGAAACGCCGAGAUCUUCUGCCACACUGAAUUUUGUUGGAAAAUUUUGGAUUUGAGUUGAUACUGGGGUUGCAAAAACUGCUUUUAAUUAAUUUUCUAUGCCAAAUGUCUGAGAACUGCGUGAAACAACGGAUCUUGUAUCUUCUCAUAAAAAAAUGUUUUGACAAAAGUUUCCUCUCUGGCACUUCUCAUUUUCAAACUGAGAUUUUUAAAUAAAAAUCAGAAAACAUGUUUUUUUUUUUAAAUAACACCAGAGUUCGUCACUUCAUUGAUUUCUAAAGCAUUUGGCAUUCAAAAAAAUAAAAUAAAAAAGAAAACCGCAUUUACAAACUCAAGCCCCAUCUCCUUGCACUACAAAGACAGUAUCGACCACUUCAUGACAUUGUUUUUCUAUUGCGCUCAAAUUUUAUAUGGGGACUUUUUCGAGGUAUCAAUACUUUUGAGGUGUGUCCGAUUUGAAAUUUCAGGAAGACCAUAAAUAUUGGCACUCAACCGUAUAUUAAGUGUACUCCUAAUUGACCCAAAUGAUCCCAAAAUGGAUGUCGAACCAGAUUCUUCGCCAAAGAUCCGCGCUUCCAGUUAAAAUCAAACAUAUUGAAUUGGGUUCGACCGUAUCCGAUCUUCUUUCGGAUAAAAGAUAGUCCGCGAAGUAUUCUAAUAUUCCACAAGACGCAGAAAUAUUCAGCUGUGCCAGACAUCUCGAAAGUUCGCCUAGAUAAGCUCAGGCUUAUAAUAUUUUUUCUAAGCAAACAAAUGACGGUACUGGCGACAAGACUUUCAUGAAGAACUAACGCGUUUACAUGCCGCCUUACAAAGUUGAGAUCGAUGGUGUAGUUAUCGAUUCGAGCUUGGCAUGCGUGGAUCUACUGAAGGACGGAAUUGUCUGUUUCAAUAACCUCUUGCUCCAGUGAGCGAAGAUUUUGAGUGACAAUCGCACCGGACCCAAACUUUGACCUUGCGGUAGCCCUUUCAAGGCAACAUUGAAUGGUCUAUCUGUCUUGAAA